GCCUCGUCAUUAAAUUAAUCUGCUUUAAUUUUUUUGGACUAUUGACUAUGACAUGCAUAUCAGCCAUUGCCUAAUGGCUAGUACAUACUCCACUUGUGACAAGGAUCGUCGUCUAGCUCACAACACGUUACUACAAUUCAGCUACACAGUCAUGGACGGCGGCGGCCGCGUCCGGGUCGUCUCGCGGCGCGUGGUGCGCCCGUCGACGUCGCCGCUCAAGGGGGAGGUCGAGGUGAUCCACCUCUCGCCGCUGGACCUACGCCUCAUCCGCACCGACUCCCUCCAGAAGGGCGUCCUCCUGCCCAAGCCUCCGGUCUCCGGCGCCGGCCUCGUCGACGCGCUCGCGUCCUCGUUCUCGCGCGCCCUGGACCUGUUCUACCCGUUCGCCGGCCGGCUCGCCGCCGAGGAGCGCGGCGACGGGACCGUGACGGUGUCCCUGCGGUGCACCGGCGAGGGCGCCGAGCUCGUGCACGCCUUGGCGCCCGGCGUCGCGGCCGCGGACAUCGUCUCCUCGGUCUACACGCCGUCGCUGGUCCGGGACGAGCUCCACUCGUUCGACCCGGCUCGCGGCGCCGACGCCGCCGUCGAGGCGCUCCCCUUGCUGUCCGUGCAGGUCACCGAGCUCGCCGACGGCGUCUUCGUCGGCGUGACGCUGAACCACUCCGCCGCGGACGGCGCCGCGCUCUGGCACUUCUUCAACACCUGGGCGGAGAUCCACCGCCGCGGCGGCGUGGGCGCCAGCUGCGACCUCUCCACGCCGGCGCCGGUGCUCCAGCGGUGGUUCCUCGAGACCUGGCCCGUGCCGAUCCCUCUGCCGUUCGGCAAGCUGGAGGACAUCGCGCGGCAGGUCGAGCGGGCGACGGUGCGGGAGGCCUUCUUCACCUUCGCCACCGCAAGCGUCACCGAGCUCACGGCGCGGGCGAACGGCGAGAUCGCCGGCACGGCCGCCGCCAUCUCGUCGCUCCAGGCGGUCCUGGCGCACCUCUGGCGAGCCGUGUGCCGCGCGCGGCGUAUGCCGCCGGAGCAGGGCACGUCCUACUCCGUCCUCAUCGACUGCCGGGGGCGCGUGAAGGGCAUCCCGCCGGGGUACGUCGGCAACGCUGCGACGUUCGGCAAGGCGGAGGCCACCGCCGGCGAGAUCGAGGAGAAGGGUUUGGGCUGGACGGCGUGGCUGCUGAACCGCGCCGAGGCCUCGUUCGACGAGGCGAGCGUGAGGGAGUCGGCGACGCGGUGGGUCCAGCAGCCGGAGCUCAUGUUCAUCAGCGACCUCACCUCCGCCGGCACGGCGGUGGCGACCGGGAGCUCGUCGUGGUCCGACGUGUUCGGGAACGACUUCGGGUGGGGCAGGCCGGUGACCAUGCGGAGCGGCGCGGGGAACAAGACGGACGGCAAGGCGGCGGUGUUCGAGGGGCCGGAGCGGGGAGGGGGCAUGUCGCUGGAGCUGUGCUUGGCGCCGGACGCGCUCGAGAGGCUCGUCGCCGACGAGGAGUUCAUGGACGCGGUGAGCUUGCCGGCGUGAGGGUGGACCGUGCAGUGAUCGAUCACUUUUGCUAAAUUGACAAGCUUAUACUAUGAAGUGUUGUGCAGUGCUUGCUCUAUAUUUGUUGGUGCAUCGGUGUGAAAUGUUUUUUGAAAUUAAGGUCGUGUUUGGGAGUGAGUAUUGAUGUAAUCAUGCGUUCAUGCCUUGCCACUCUUUUUCCAAUAUCAUUAUUAUCUUGUUAUUCAGCGCCC